AUGCGAGCAAAUAAAGCCAAUCGAAGAACCAGAUACCGAGCACGACUUCAUCGCGAUUGGCGGUUGAUUUCAUUGGUUAGAUCAUCUGCAUAACAUGGAGUACUUCUCGGAUGCCAAAACGUAAACAGUACGCAGAUAUAACGUCCAAGCUAUAAUCCGCCGAUUCAGAAGAACCAGCAAAUUCAAACUCCUUGUCAGUGGUCUCUUCAACACGAAAUAGAAAGUAAGGUAUCAUCAUUAAGCAAAGUCUAAUUGAUUGAAUAUUGUGACCAGCUCAGAGUGAUUGACUGUCCAAACGAAAAUUGUUUCAAUUACAUUGGAAUGAUGAAAUGUGGCUCCGUCCAACCGGGCAUGUGUGACACGGUUUUACCGGGACCAAGUAUGGAAAGCAUGUGCAACGCAUCUGCAUUCUUUACUUUCAUGUCUAUCCUCGAUACUUGCAUUCGUGCCAAAGAGGUGAUAUCAGGAAGAUGCGAGCGGAUCAACCCCAUUGAACAAACAGAUAGCGACUACGACUUCAUCGUGAUUGGCGGGGGUGCGGGGGGCGCUGUGACGGCUGCGAGACUAAGCGAGGUUCCAGAUUGGAAGGUUUUGCUACUUGAAGCUGGAGACGACGAGUCGGGGGCUGGUCAAGUGCCGGCAUUCGCUUGGAGUUUAAUCGGAGCGGAAAACGACUGGAAUUUUCAAACGAACGAGAGCAACGCAUGUUUGUCUACGAACGGAACCUGCACAUGGCACUCGUCUCGAACUCUCGGCGGAAAUACGGCGCACAAUGACAUGGUCUACUUGAGGGGCAAUCCAACUGACUACAACAACUGGGCCGCGAUGGGCAACGAGGGGUGGUCCUAUGAGGACGUGCUGCCGUUUUUUAAAAAGUCCGAAGACAACGGCGAAAUUGACAGAGUUGGUCGCAAACAUCAUGGAACAGGAGGACCGCUCCGUGUUCAAAGAUUUCCGUACAACGAUUCCUUUUCAUUUGCAAUACUCGCAGCCGCCGAGGAAGCUGGAUUUGGUAUAAGCGACGAUCUCAACGGCGAGAAGAUAACCGGUUUCACGAACAUCCAAACCACACAGAAGGACGGUGUAAGACGCAGCAGCGCAAGGUCGUUUCUCUGGCCAGCCAGGAAUCGCAAGAAUCUUCACAUUUCCCUAAACUCUUACGUAACCAGAAUUAUAAUAGAAAAUAAUUUAGCGGUUGGCGUUGAAUAUCACAAGAAUGGUAAAUUCAAUACCGUCAGAGCGACCCGCGAGAUCGUUCUCUCCGGAGGAAUAGUGAAGUCACCCCAUCUUCUACUUCUCUCUGGGAUAGGACCCAAGGAACACCUGGAAUCCAUGGGAAUCAAAGUAGUCAAGGAUUUGCCCGGUGUUGGAAAAAAUCUUCACGACCAAGUAGCGUACAUUCUAAGCUUCACCAUCAACGAAUCCGAUACCUACGAAAAUAACUGGGCUGCCGCGUCUGAAUAUCUAGCCUCCCAGACCGGCCCCCUGUCCAGUACUGGAUUGGCUCAAAUCAGUAGUUCGUUACCGACGAGCUUGACGACCCCCGAUUAUCCGGACACCCAGCUGUCACCUAUUGGUUACGAAGCAAAUUGUGCUCCAGGCGAACCGGACGCUCUUCGUAGCACAGACAAACGUACUAUACGCAUGUACGUAGGACACAUGCACCCCAAGAGCAGAGGUAGAGUAUGCCUCGCCUCAAAAGACCCUUUCGAUCAGCCUUUCAUCUCGGCCAACUAUCUGAGCGAGCCCAGUGAUGUUCAAGGUCUGAUAGAGGGCAUAGAGAUGACUUUGGCGCUGACUCGAACUAAGGCUUUGAGAGACCAUAACUUUACCUUGUUCGAUACGAACAUUGAAGCCUGCUCUAAUUAUACUUUUGCAAGCACCGAAUACUGGGCCUGCGCCGUGCGUCAGGAUACCAUUGUCGAACUGCAUCAGGCCGGUUCUUGCAAAAUGGGACCAGCUUCCGAUUCCUUGGCUGUCGUGGAUCCCCGUUUGAGAGUUCACGGAGUGAAGGGACUCCGCGUAGUGGACGCAUCGAUAAUGCCGCAGGUAACUUCCGCAAAUACUGGAUCACCGACCAUGAUGAUCGGAGAACGAGGCGCGGACUUUAUCAAGCAAUACUGGACAGACGGAUCUCUUGACAAUGAAAGAAAAUAGUUGAAUUCAAUUCGUACAUUUCGCGUUGUUCAAUUCUACCACCAUAACUACUCUGUGUAUUGGACCUCUUGCAUUAAAUGUUUCAUUUAUAAACGUUGUAUGAAUCCAAAUAAACAAUCAUUUUCGAAAUUUGCAAGCAUAUUGGAUGCAAUUAAUGACAUUCAACGAUUGAGCCGGCCAGCCCAGUCGAACACACUAACGCACACAAACAUAUUGACUAUCAUCGCGAUGUAAUAAAUAAAUUGAGUUUACAGAGUCGCGUUUGCAGACAACUAUGAAAAGUAUGAAUACCCACCAAAUUUACGCAUGAUUGGAAUAAUUAGCGGGUGAUCGUGGUUAUAUUUCAAUUUGUUGUGAAUGGAUGAAAAAAAUUGUUGCGCACUUAGUCGCAACACGAUGUAACGAUUCAAGGUAAUCGUGACGCGGUCAUUAACGUCCAACGAAGGCAUUUAUUCCCGAAACUUUACCGAAACCUUGAACAUAUCAUCUUUUUCGCGUUAGGCACGUACCCCGUUUGAAUCCACGAUGAGACUCUUUAGUCCCUUCUUUGUAACAUACAUGUGUCACACUGUUACGAAUGCCAGAACAUCAAACAAACAUCCUACGUGAAAUACAAAUUUGGGUCUUUCGACCAUGCCACACCCAGUUGUACUUUCAACCUUAACUGUGCUAUGGUGCAUAGUAGUCUUAGCAGAUGAUGGUAAUCUGAUAUCUAUGAAACUUUUUAUAAUCCGUCCACACAAUCGUUGCACGUAUAAUGUGAAAAUAAUUAUCGCGUAUUUACACUCGACAGGAUUUACACGAUUAUGGAUAUUUUCGCUUGAUAGCAUACAAUACAGUUCGUUAGCUAAUAUUUAACGUAAUCAAAUAAAAUUAUAAUUGUUGGGAAACGGCAGUGAUGUUUCCUGUCCUCUGGUAUACCGACUCGCAACAUCAAACCUGUCACGGAAUCAAUAAAAAUCUUUGUUUAUUCAGGUUCAACAAUCAUUAUUAAGCCGACACGGCAAGUGUUAUAAACGCCGGAGCAGGUAAUCUUAUUUCUGAACCUCUAAGGAAUACAUGAAAAAAUCAUAUUACUCCAAUGAAUUUAGGAUAAAGGAGCGAAUAGACGACAAUAAAAAUUGGGUACCUAUGCUACUGCGAUUUCAUGGUCACAAAUGUCAUAGAGAAGAAUUAUUGGGAUUCCAACAGAAACUCAAUAAUUUUUUUCGACUCACAUAACCGCUACCGCAAGUUUUAUUGCACUUGUUCAAACACACCUUUUCUCAUAUUGACAAUUUGUCUGGAUCAUUUCAGCUGUGUAUGAGGCAUUCCGUACCAAUUCGAUCAACCUCUGACUUUUCCAAUA